GUUGUUAGUCUGACUGCAGCCGUCGCUGUCAUCACAUCUCUCUGAGUCUGUGUCUCUGUUAUUCUACUCUGUCUCUCGUCUGGUAAACACACAUUUAAGGAACAACAACAACAUCUUAGUGUCUCUCUCGGCUGGCUCGCUUGUUGCCAGCUGAACCUCGUCAGGAUGGAUCCAGCAAGCCGAUACCAAGUGUUGCACAAUGAGGACGACUCUUCAGAGGCCUCCACCAGCGAGCCGCAGCCGUGCACUUCUGCCACAGCCCAGGCUAGUACGUCCAGCCAGGACCAGAGCCAGGCCGAGCUUGGCGCGGCGGCGGCGGAAGCAUCGGGGUCGGGGACUCAGGCGGAGGCGGAUGCACCUCCACCCCCUUACGCCUCCAUUGACCUGGGAGCAACCGCUGCACCCGAGACAAGUUACCGAAGCGACUUCCCCGUGCCACCGCCCUACAGCGUCGCCACCUCACUGCCCACGUAUGACGAAGCGGAGAAGGCCAAAGCGGCCGCCAUGGCUACCUCCACUGUGGAGGUGAUGCCACGGGAUGAUGAAUUCCCUCCCAGAGAUGAUUUCAGUGACGCUGAUCAGCUUCGAGUUGGGAACGAUGGCAUCUUCAUGUUGGCCUUUUUCAUGGCCUUCCUGUUCAACUGGAUCGGGUUCUGCCUGUCCUUCUGUCUGACCAAUACCAUUGCAGGACGCUACGGAGCCAUCUGCGGAUUCGGCCUUUCCCUCAUCAAGUGGAUUCUAAUCGUCAGGUUCUCUGACUACUUCACUGGCUACUUCAAUGGUCAAUACUGGCUCUGGUGGAUCUUCCUGCUGCUCGGUAUCCUGCUGUUCUUCAGGGGUUUCGUCAACUAUCUUAAAGUGCGCAACAUGUCAGAGAAUAUGGCCACCUCUCACAGAACACGCCUCUUCUUCCUCUACUAAAAGGUUUCCACACCACCACCAUUCCUUUCCGAUGUGAAGUUCCCUCCCUCUACCCUCGAAUGACCUGAGCGAGCAGCCUUGCAGUGAAGAGAGGAGACGGGGAAGGAAUGAAGGAAAGACGUAGGGAGAAAGUGUUACCAGUCUCAUUAUAAGCAUACGGCGGCUCACUCUGAACUUCUGAACCGAGCCCGAAAAAUAAGUCUUUGAUGAUCAGAUCUCGUCCCUGGCUUUGUUUUUCGUUUUCCUUUGAUUCUUAACAAAAAAAACAAUCCCACGUAUGCGUAAUGUCUCGCAAGAGUAGGAGUUCUUUUGAGAAACAUGACCUUAGUUACCAAAAUGAGAUAUCCAAUAGAAAAGCACAAUGACAUUACUUCAAUGAACGUCUUAAAUGUAGGAAAAACUAAAGUUACUGUUGCUAUGAUAUUUCUUUCCCCGUGUAAACAAACAGUGUUAUCAGCUUACGCCUCUCUCUAUAAACAUUUUAAAAAUAGAAAA